AAAAUGCAAACAGGAGCACUUCAAUCAUGAGCAAUAAAUGUUAGAAAAUAUGAAAAGGGCCGCUAGUUAUUUAAAAGGUAUUUUAGUUUUUAUGAGCGGAAGUUGCAUUAUUUUGGCGCAUGCGCAAAAACAUCGAACAGUGGUAAAACGGAAAGCGACGUCGAUUUCUGGAGAAGUUUCACAUUUACGAUCUUAUAGAUUCAAAAAUAGCAUCAAAUACCUCAACUAUUCGCAUUAUCUUAAGCCCACCAAACGGACUUUGAGUGUGGAGCGAUGGCGUGUUAUGUGUAGUGAAGAUUGAAGACGUGAUAGAAGAUGGACGACUACUGCUAUGCUAAGAUGGCGACGUCCGCUAAAAGAGAAGAUGAAAGAGAAUCAGCGCCACCAACGGAGAACAAUCUGAAAAGCGAAGAUGAAGACGUCCAGCAGUUGAUUGGUCAUCCAGAAGAAGUUUCCCCUCAGUUAGGGGGGAGCUCCACUUUGAAGCAGGAGACUCCACAACCACCCUGCAUUAAAAAGGAAGAGGGGGAACUCUGCAUCACUCAGGAGGGAGAGUGUCUUCUAGGACGAGAGGAAGCUGAUUACACCAAGUUUCCACUGAGUAUUCUCUCUGUGAAGACUGAAGAUGAUGAAGAGGAAACACAAGUAGACAACCUCUUCGCUCCACUAUCAGAUAGUGAGGCUGAAGAUGAGGUUGAAGAACCUUUGAGCAGCGAUAAAGACUGUGAAGGUGAUAUGAGGACUCACACUGACAACAAACACUCUGAAUGCUCUUCAAAGAAGAGAGGUAAACAAUGUUUGAGCUGCUCAGUUUGUGCUAAAAGUUUUACUAAAAAGAGCAAUUUGACUCAACACAUGAGAACACACACAGGUGAAAAACCAUUUAAGUGUUCAGUUUGUGGCAAAAGUUUUUCUCAAAAUUCCAGUUUGACUGCACACAUGAAAACACACACAGGUGAAAAACCAUUUGAAUGUUUAGUUUGUGGCAACAGCUUUGCUCUUAAUAGCCGUUUGACUCAACACAUGAGAACACACACAGGUGAAAAAACAUUUUAUUGUUCAGUUUGUGGUAAAAGCUUUAAUCAAAAUAGCAGUUUUACUCAACACAUGAGAACACACACAGGUGAGAAACCAUUUAAAUGUUUAGUUUGUGGCAAAAGCUUUAAUCUAAAUUGCCGUUUGACUGAACACAUGAGAACACACACAGGUGAAAAAACAUUUAAUUGUUCAGUUUGUGGAAAAAGCUUUUCUCACAAUCGCAAUUUGACUCAACACAUGAGAACACACACAGGUGAGAAACAAUUUAAAUGUUUAGUUUGUGGCAAAAGUUUUUAUCGAAAUUCCCGUUUGACUCAACACAUGAAAACACACACAGGUGAGAAACCAUUUAAAUGUUUAGUUUGUGGCAAAAGCUUUUCUCAAAAUUGCCGUUUGAUUCUACACAUGAGAACACACACAGGUGAAAAACCAUUUAAUUGUUCAGUUUGUGGCAAAAGUUUUUCUCAAAAUAGGUUUUUGACUAAACACAUGAGAACACACACAGGUGAAAAAACAUUCAAUUGUUCAGUUUGUGGGAAAAGCUUUUCUCAAAAUAGGUCUUUGACUAAACACAUGACAACACACACAGGUGUAAAACCAUUUAUUUGUUCAGUUUGUGGCAAAAGCUUUUAUCACAGUUGCAGUUUGACUCUACACAUGAGAACACACAUAGGUGAAAAACCAUUUAAUUGUUCAGUUUGUGGCAAAAGUUUUUAUCGAAAUUGCCGUUUGACUCAACACAUGAAAACACACACAGGUGAGAAACCAUUUAAAUGUUUAGUUUGUGGCAAAAUAUUUUCUCGAAAUAGCUCUUUGACUGAACACAUGAGAACACACACAGGUGAAAAACCAUUUAGUUGUUCUGUGUGCUGUAAAAAGUUCCCACAUAAUGCAGAUGCAGUAAAACACAUGAGAACACACAAGGGAAAAUAGUCAAUUAGCUGUUUAGUUUGUGGUAUGUUGCUCAUAUGUGGUGACAUCCACCCUACCCAGGACCUCCUCACUGCUUCUUUCACAAAUAUCUGAGGUAUUCAUACAAACUUGGAUUAUUUGGAGCAUAAUCUUAUUAUCAUGACCCCAUGUCUUCUCUGUAUCUAAAACAUUCCUGAACAGUAAGAUAGAUGAUGCUUCAAGUGCUUGGUUACUCCUUCUUCAGUCCAGGGUCCUGGGGCCUCAUGUGUCAAGUUUGCGCACGCUCAAAAACCUUCACUACACCCUUUUUCACUGCAAAGUUGAGAUGUAUCAAAACUGACGUUGGCGCAUAAGUGAUGCUGGGUAACUGUUUGCAUAACAAACUGCCAACUUUUACUUCUCAGACUGAUUGGUGUGCAAAUCAGAGACAUAUGAACAAUUAACCCCCAACACCCACAACCCAACCCCCACCUCCCUCGACAUUCGGGCAUAACAGGUUCAAUCCGGCCCGCGAGAUGAGUUUGCAAAGUGUAAAAUUCAGCUGCAUUUUUUUAAUGUUAGAAACUGCUGUUCUAAUUGUGUCCACUGGAUGUCGCAAUAGCAAUUCUAUUAGGCAAGCAAAUAGUUGAUACUGAGGUGAGCAAGUAUACCAAGCAAGAGGUACACGGUAAUGCGGGGCUGUGACUCCUCCCCCUCCACCCAACAUAAAACAGUAGUAAAAUAAGCAAUCA